UUUCACCUGGUCUACGUCUCGUAUGGACCGAAACAUGAUCACUGUGAUGACAGGACAGGUGGUGGACUUCUUUGACCGGGACUUCCGUGAGCUGUAUGCCAUCUCUGAGAAACUGAACCUCUAUAAAGAAUUCCAUGUUAGUCCACCCACCACUAACGUGACAGCUACAGUUCGCACUAAAUCGGCACCAAAACGCCCGCCUUUACCAGCAACUACGUCCCGUUUCCAGGUCAGCUUAGGGGAUUCGCGGAAUGCUGAAAUCCAGGUGCCUGCACACAAGUUCUACAACCCUAAAUAUUCCCUGGUGUUUCCACGCUCUUCAGAGUCGCUCCAAGAUUUUGAAACAAAGAGGGGUGCGAUUCUGGCUGAGGUUUCUGAAGAGGAAACUCAAGGGAGGCCUCGACUGGCCACCAGUGAGAAGAUGGACAGGAUGAGUCCGCUGCCCUCUGAAACCCCAAGUGAAACCUUCAAGAAACCAAAUGGAGUCUCGCAGAAGAAAARGGGAUUUUUUUCACGGAAGAAAAAAAUUUCAAAGGACAAAUCUUCAAGUACCCUUUCCGUUAAAAGCAAAGCAUGCCCCUCUCCUACAGAAACUCCUCWUACAGAUGAGACUGAAGAUGGUUUUGUUAUAUUAAGUCCAUCUAAAGGGGGUAAAAGGCUUUCAAAACUGGAUCAAAGAGCAGGAUCUCAACAAACCCUAAAUUCUGCACACAACGGAGAGAAUGUUAAGAGUCGACAUCGAGGAAAACAAGGAUGUGAAGUGUCCUGAGCUGAAGCUGAUUGUCUCCUACCACAAAMUGAAGUUGGAUGGUCCUAAAACGAAACAUGAUGACAUUUUUAUGAUGGCACAUUUUAUAAAAAGGGACUACUUGAAUGUACAGUCAGGUACUGAUUGAUGUUUUUUUCUGAUAAUUGCAACAUGUGAAAUCAAAGUAUUGUGAGAUGUACUGUAGGGUUUUAAGUAUUAGAAAAUUGUUUUGUUUUGCUUUAAACCAGCCUGGCUGAGGUUUUUAUUUUUUCUUGAGUGAGAUAAAAUUGACUUUAUAAAGUUGAUUUGUGAUUAGGCACAUUACUCUUUUACCACACGUGUUGAUGAAUGACAAAGUUGAGAUUAGCCAUAGUGAGAUAAGUGGACUCUGAUGUAGGUGUAUCCAGUUUUACAGUAUUUGCUCUGUUUGAACUUUGUCUGGAUCAUCAUGGUAACUUGUUCUGACCUAUAUGUUACCCUGCUCUUGAGGAAAUACUGUGCAGUUUCAAAUUUAAAUAGAUUUGCUCACCGAUGCCAUAUUGGGCUGUAUCAAGUUUGUUGAGACAUCUUUACAAAAAAUCAAUGCAAACUGUUUGCAGCAUAACUUCAGGAUCUUACCUGAUGUUCAUGCAAAGAUAAAUGUAAACAUGUUUUUAUGCCUGAACCAGUUCCACUACAACAUUUGUACAAUUGAUUUUUCAGCUCUUAUAAGUUUAUAAUAAAUAUUUUUUGUUUAUCUAUAUUGAAUAGAAUACUUUGAGUUGGACCUAUUUUGAAAAGCAAUAAUUUAAAAGUACAAAAAAUCAUAUUUCUGGUUGCUCUGCAACAACACUGCUGUAAGCUGAUUAUGAACUAUUUCUGUCAGUUGGAUUUUACUUUGAUUUUCUCACAAUAUAAAGUGGUUUCCACAUUAUUGCAGUUAUGAUAAUGUUAAAAUUAAAUACAGUUCCUCAAAAUGCCUUUAACUAUAGAAAGGUUUAAGAGUCCUGMUGUUUUAGUUGUGUGAAAAAAAUGUAUUUGUUGAAAGUGUAUUGUAGGGUAAAAUAAAAAUUCAAAAUUAUGAAUUGA